AUGCCUCAAGAACUGAUAUCAUACGGGCGGAAUUUUUCUGGAGGUGAUGUAGAAACAGAACCUGAUAACGCUUAUCCACUUUUGGAUAAUGGAAUGAGCGCUUUUACUACUACAGGACUUGAGAACAACAAACAUCACCAAGUACAAUACAGUGGCACCAAAAGGGGGAGAGAGGAAGAGGAUGGCUCUUAUGAGGAAAGACCAGAAAAUCCUACAAAAGAAUACCUAUAUGACCAUCCUCAAAUUGAAACAAACUUAAGCGAAAAGUCUCGGAAGAUAAAUGAAGAUGUUAGCUUGAAGCAGGCCUCCAACGCUAAAAAUUCGGAAAAUCCCAGUCACUUUUCCCAAGAUUCGAAUAGUGGUGGAAAUGCCGUUAUUCAAACUCAAGCAGGAAUGGAAUCACAAAUUCAAGCUGGAAAUGAAUCCCAGACGGAGCCUACUGAACAGCCAUUUUACGUGAAUGCUAAACAAUACUAUCGUAUUCUUAAAAGGAGGUAUGCCCGGGCGAAACUUGAAGAGAACUUGAAGAUUUCCAGAGAACGUAGGCCGUAUUUGCAUGAAUCUAGGCACAAGCAUGCCAUGAGAAGACCAAGAGGUCAAGGUGGACGUUUUCUAACAGCUGCUGAAAUGGCGGAGAUGAAACGGAAAGAAGAAGAGGCAUCUGGGAAGAACACAGUCGAACAGGACGUACCGAAACUGAAUGUUCUUCCACAACAGCUCCCAGGAUCUGUGAAUGAUGAUAAGAAGUAA